UCACACGGUCACACCGCAUUUGAAGCAGAUUGCUUGCUCAUCACACUACAUCACGUAGAAGUAGACGUAGUGCAGAGCAGUUUAAACAAACUUUAUACAUAGAGCAGCUAGCAAAACAAACAACAGAAUGAAACCAUUUCUGCUGUCGUCGUCGUUGCCGGCAGCAGCUGCGCAUGCUGUCGCUGUCGUCGUCGUAGCUAUCUCCAUCGUCGUCCUCUCCGCCACGUCCAUGCUGCCGGUGGCCGCCGUCGAGCAUACGUUCGUGGUGAGCCAGGUGAAGAUGACGCGCAUGUGCAAGCAGAUUCCGGUCACUGUGGUGAACGGGCAGCUGCCGGGGCCGACGAUUGAGGUCACCGAGGGGCACUCGGUGACGGUGCAUGUCGUUAACAUGUCGCCCUACAACCUUACGAUCCAUUGGCAUGGAGUGUACCAGUUGCUGAACUGUUGGAACGACGGGGUGCCCAUGGUGACCCAGCGUCCCAUCCCGCCCAACGCCAACUUCACCUACCGGUUCGACGUCGCCGGCCAGGAAGGCACCCUGUGGUGGCACGCUCACGACGCCUUCCUCCGGGCAACCGUCUACGGCGCUCUCAUCAUACGGCCCCGGAACGGCGCCGCCUCCUAUCCAUUUCCAAAGCCUCACAAGGAGAUCCCCAUUCUCAUAGGCGAAUGGUGGGAGAAGGACCUUGCAGCGGUGGACAGGAACUUCACGCGAGGUCACUACGACGAAUUCUCCAGUGGGUCCACAAUCAACGGCAAGCUUGGAGAUCUCUUCAACUGCUCCGGCGUCUUCGAAGAUGGCUACGUGCUGGACGUGGAGCCCGGCAAGACGUACCUGCUCCGAGUAAUCAACGCGGCGCUCUUCUCCGAGUACUUCAUCAAGAUCGCCGGCCACAAGUUCACGGUGGUGGCCGCCGACGCCAACUACGUCACGCCCUACGCCACGGACGUCAUCGUCAUCGCGCCCGGGGAGACGAUGGACGCCCUGGUCGUCGCCGACGCGGCCCCCGGCACCGGCAGGUACUACAUGGCCGCGCAGCCCAUCCAGGCGCCUCCGCCGGACACGCAGACGCCAGAGUUCGCCACCCGAGGGACAGUGCGGUACUACCAGCACCAGCACACCAGGAAUAAUAAGUCGAGCCCAGUCGACGACGACGACGCCGUGGCGCCGGACAUGCCUGACCAGCACGACACCAUCAAGUCCUUCUACUUCCACGGCAACCUGACGGGCCUCCGGCAGCGGCAGCGGCAGCGCGCGCGGGUGCCGGCGCGCGCCGACGAGCGGCUCCUCGUCACGCUCGGGCUGGGCUCCAUCUGCCGCCUCCCCGGGCGCAGGUCCUGCAAGAGAGGGGACCAUCCGGAGAGCAUGGUGGUGGCGAACAUGAACAACGUCUCGUUCCACGACGCCGACGCCGCGGCGCCGCCGCUCCUCGAGGCGCACUACUACCGCCGCCGCCGCGGCGCUAACGGCGGCGUGGGCACGGCGGGGCUCCCCGACCGGCCGCCCAGCGCGUUCAACUACACCGACCCGGCGCUGAUCCCGUUCGGGCCCGAGGAGAUGCGGCUGGAGCCGACGCGGAGGGCCACGGCCGUGCGGCGCUUCAGGCACGGCGCCGUGGUGGACGUCGUGUUCCAGAGCACCGCCAUGCUGCAGAGCGACUCCAACCCCAUGCACCUCCACGGCCACGACAUGUUCGUGCUCGCGCAGGGGAUCGGCAACUACGACGCUGCCACGGAUGAGGCCAAGUACAACCUGGUCAACCCGCCCAGGAAGAACACCGUCCUCGUACCGAAUCUUGGCUGGGCGGCCAUCAGAUUUGUCGCCGACAAUCCAGGUGCAUGGUUCAUACAUUGCCACUUUGAGUUUCAUUUGGCGAUGGGCAUGGCUGCAGUGUUCAUUGUAGAGGAUGGGCCAACAACGAAUACAUCGCUCCCUCCACCACCACCAGGUUUCUUGGACGGAAGGCCAUGACGAUAGAUAUAUAAUCUCAUGUGUCAAGUCAAUGCUACCUCAUCAAAACUAAGAAAAGUGAAGCCUCGGUAGUCUUGCCUUAAUUUCACUGUUAGUAGUUUUUGAAUAUAUAUAUAUAUAUAUAUAUAAUAAACCAAUUACCUUAUGGAUUAAUAAUAUAUGUAUGUGUUCUUAAUUAGAGAUAAAUAAAAUGUGUCUGUAUCAAUCUUGUACGUAGCUUGCUCAAAUAUUCAUUAUUAUGGUGCUUCUAUGUUAUGCAUCUAUGUCUGUUAUGCGUCUAUAAAUAAGAAAUGAUAUAUGUAUUUGCUACGAUGUUAUCUCUAAGCUAAUAUAUAGCUCUACUUUGUCACACACACC